ACGCUCCAGACGCGCCGGUCGGCACACCUACCCAUCUAGCCACCGUAGCACGGAUACUUGCUCCGGCGCAUGCUCCGGCGUUUGUCUGGUGCGGCGUUUCACGUGGUGAAGCUGUGCAUGUUGCCGCGUCUGGCUGAGCUUGUUGCCGAUAAUGUCGGGUCCACGGGCUUAUGCCAUUGGUCAGGACGAGCUACAGAGGCGCCUGAAGAAGCUUCACAAUGAAAAAGACCUGAUCGUGAACGUGCUAGAUCACAUGCUAAAAAGGAUGGAGCUGAUGGUGGCUCACGUGAGCAGCCUGACGAACAUGAACCAGUUUCUUUGUUAUUUUAUGGAUGCCAGUAGAACAAUGGAGCACAUGUAUAUGAAGCUCUUCAAGAUUCAUGUCCUUCUCACUGAGGAUACUUAUGAUGAUGCUCAACAAGAGAGAGUUCCUCAUAUGGCUAUAACAUAUUCAUUCCAUGCGAGCAGUGAUCAACGCAGCAACUCCCAGCUUGCUGUACUUGAAGCAAAUGAUAGUCUGAACUGCCUGUCAUCUAGUUCACAGCAUCCAUCCUCUGCAUUGCCACAUCUGCCCAUCUGUGAUGAGGUGCUGGGACGCCAGACAUCGGCUGCAAGUUUUGCACUUCCACAGGAAACUGCUGCUGCAAUUUCAUCACUCACUGCAGCAUAUGCAAGGCUUGCAAGUGGGUCAUCGCUAACGGCACCGACUUUUGACAGCUCCGGAAGGCCACCGACCAUGGCAGCAAACUGUAGUGCAACUCCAUGCAGUGAAAUGUAUGUUACUGCCAUGCCUGCUGCUACUGUGCCUGCUGCUACUCUGCCUGCUGCUGCUGUGCCUGCUGCUGCUCUGCAUGCUCCUGCUGCUCUGCAUGCUCCCGCUGUACCUGCUUCGGCUGUACCUGCUCCACUUGUGCCUGCUCCACCUGUACCUGCUCCACCUGUACCUGCUCCACCUGUACCUGCUCCUCCUAUAUCUGCACCUGUUGUACUUCCAAUUGGCUUGGCACCAAAUCGUAUUGCAACUCCUUGCAGCGAAGCUUAUGCUGUUGCACCUACUGCUGUUGCGCAUGGUUCUGCUAUGCCUCCACCUAGCUUAGCACCAUAUUUUAGCACAACUCUAUACAGUGAAGCAUAUGCUGCUGCUAUGCCUGGCUCUGUUAUACCCAGCGCUGCUGCACCUGGCCCUGCUGCACCCGGCCCAGCUACACCUGGUCAUGUUGUACCUGGCCCUACUACGCCUGUGAUAUUUACACCACCACUACAGGCACCUACAGUUGUGCGUACCAUACACCAGCUUUCUGGUGAAGCUGCUGGUGCUGCUUCUGGGGAAAGUGCUGGUUUAGUAAGUUUUGAUCAAGGUGAUGCAUCCUCCUAUGAGGAAGAAAGUGACCAGACCAAAUGGUCCAAGCUUGGACAGUGUGUGUCAGCACGAAACAUUCCCCCGACCCCUGUGCUUCCUGCACAAAGCCAGGGUGUCCCGAAUGGGGUGGUCAGUGAUAAUGCAGCUGCAAUGCCCAACUUCACACAACAGAAACCACGACAGAGUGCUUCAAGGCCAUGCACAAGUGCUGCUGCGCAACUGCCCAGUAAACCAAAGCCUCUUGGAGUUCCUUUACCUAAUGUAGAUGUUGUUGGGACCACACAAGAUAUUGUUCUUUCAUUCUACAAGACACCUUCUGAGUUCUGGAUUCAGCUGACUGCUUCUGGAAGCUUACUAGAAACCCUUCUAAAGAGGUUGCAUGAGCACUACAACAACAACUCUCGACGGCGAGAGUUUACUGCCAGAGCAGGCAUGUACUGUGCAGCAUACUAUGCAGAAGAUGGUCAUUGGUACCGCGCUAGGAUUCUGCAAGUUAAACCAGAUCAUGCCAAAGUUUUUUAUGUGGACUUUGGCAACAUUGACAGGGUGGACAUUGACUGUGUAUGCUUCCUUGAAGAGGAGUUUGCAUCAAUUCCAGCACAGGGUCUUUGCUGCAGUAUUAAGGGUGUGAGGUCUCCAUGUGGCCCCGGCAUGUGGACUAUGACUGCUGUGCGUACAUUUCGAGACAAGAUCUCUCAACAAGGCAUAAAGUUGCAAGCCUACUUUCACUCGCAAGAUAUUGUCACUGGCCGCUACAUUGUGGACAUUCUGUCUGAUAAUCAAGACCAUGUUUCGAUCAACUUGUCUGAAGAAUUCCUCAAUAUGUGUUCGACAGAAGGACCCCUACUUCUCAAAUUGCUUGAAGAUCUUCAGCAAAAGCUGAACAUAUGCGGUGCCCAGAGUGAGGCCCCAACGGACGAAAUGGUCAACAAGGGCUCCUUCUGGAUGUGCGGAUUUGUUGGCGACAAAAACUGGUAUCGAGCUCGGGUGCUCGAUGUUCUUCCGGGAACCACUUGCCGGCGUUUCAGGGUACUCUAUUUGGACUAUGGCAACCGAUGCACUGUGCUUUCCACCCAUCUGCGACCACUGCCCCUUGAGCUCACAAGCCUUCCAGCCUGUGCCCACCGCAUGUCUCUGGCAUACGUGGGCCCCAGGGAGGGCAACAAGUGGGAUGCAUCUGCCACUGGAGCUUUUGUCAAGGAGACUGGCUUCCACGCUUCUCUCAUUGCUGAGAAGAAGGGUUACAGGCGCUCUGGUUAUGAAGACAUCACAGAAGUUGUGCUGUGGAACAGAAAUGGUCAAGCUGCAGUCAACAUCAAUGUUGUGCUUGUUGAGAAGAACGUUGCACUGCUGAAGACCACAGAAUGAAUGGGAAAAGGUUGUGCACUAGUCAUGGUUAUGUUGCCCCCUUAACCACCUUUUCUAGAAAGUGACAUAAGUCUGUCAUAAUUAAGAGUGUGCCCAAGUUUAUCUUGAUGUUACUGUGUUCUGUGUUCAAGGUGCAAACAUGCUUUCUGUGUGAGUUUUGAUUGUUCUCCCCUGCCUCCCUCCUUUUUAUUAAUACAAAAUACUCGAGUUACUAUAUGUAGCCUGACAAAGCUUCUGCAGGCUGCCUAUAGAAGAAAAAAAGUGUGUUCAUAUCUAUAUUUGAAGUUCAUUGUUACUCAUUUUUGUUGGUAAUUAAGCAAAAUAAUUUGAAUGUUAUAGCCUUGUCAGCAUUGGGAGUGAACACUGUCCAAGGUGUUAUCUUGGAUGCGCAUGCCCUUUGACCUAUGUAGUGCAGUCCAGAAUAAGCUCCUUACAUAUACUUACCAUUCAUAAAUUGUUUUCAGAUCGGGAUUGUGGAUUUCAGGCAAUCUUUAUUUUUCAUAAUUAUUUGAGAUUACAAUUGGCUCGACCACUUUUUUUUUCUCUCUCUCUCUCUUUUGUGUACAACCAUGAAAAUAACUUUAUUGCAGAAAAGCAGUGUUUCAGCAUCUUCUGAAGGCUUCAAUGAGAGAGUGAAGUUUCAUUAAAAGUGUUGAAAACCAUUUAUAUUUCAAAUAGCAGCCAGCUGACAGUGUCAACAUGCUAGUUGUGAAAUAGCCAGUCUUUAAUUUGGUUGUAUUUUUCAAGCAGUCUGUUGGCGCAUGCUCUGUUAGCUCUGUAAACAAAGACAGCCUUGUUAGUGAAUAAGAUGUACAAACUGCAGAUAUAUUCAAAUCGCACAUACUUUUUUUAAUGUGGCCAAUUUGUGAUUUGCCAAACUUUGUAAAAUUACAUAUGUCAUGAGUAUCUGUGAUACACCUCAUGGUGCCUUAUUAUCUUGAAUUACGAAAGCCUCCCCCCACUCCUCCCUCUUUACCCUAAUUUUUUUUU